AUGACAACUAUUGAUGAUAUUAUACAAGAAAAAGAACAUUCAACAGAUAUUAUUGACAUCGAAUUAGAAAUCGAUCGAUGUACAAUUAUAAAAGAAGAAGAUGAUGAAGAAAAUAAAGAUGAUGAUGAAGAAAAUAAAGAUGAUGAUGAUGAAGAAAAAACGAUAAAUACCACCGAAAAAUUUCAAGCAACAACACCUUUCGAAAAUUACCUUAUUAAUGAGCUCGGUUCAAUCAAGAACAAAUUAUAUUCAAUAGAAAAACGAUUCAAUCAUAUAGACAAACGGCUUAGUCGAAUAGAAAAACGAUCGGCAGUUACAUAUGAAAUAGCAUCAGAAACACGUGUUAUUCAUACGCUUCGAUAG